GAAACAGAAAACAUCUUCUCUGUUGUUAGAUGGGUUUGUAUCAUCAUUUUUGAGAAYUUCCCCAAGUGAAGAGCAUUUCAAAAUGCAUGACAUCGUUCGUGAUGUGGCCAUUUCAAUGGCAUCUGAUGAUUCUCAUCAUGAAGUCUUCCUGGGAAGAGCUGGUAGAGGACUGACGGAAUAUCCAAWAAUGGAAUCUAGUGAAAGAUACACAGCCAUCUCACUGAUAUCCAACAGCAUAUGGAAGCUCCCUAACAGGUCGGGCCUGUAUCCAAAGCUUCGAGUUUUACUAUUGCAGGAAAAUCGGGGUUUGACAGAGAUCGCAGACACUUUCUUUGAAGGAAUGGAAUCCCUUAGGGUUUUGGAUUUGAGUAGGACACAAGUAGAACGCUUCCCYCCAUCGAUCAGAUGCCUAACGAACCUUCGCACAUUACAUUUUGUAACUAAUAAACAAUACUUGGUAGACAUAUCUAUGAUUGGAGAGUUGAAGAAACUUGUGAUUCUCAGCCUUCGCAGUUGUUUAUUAUCAUCAGCAGAACUUCCAGAAAAUAUAGCACAUUUGACCAAUCUAAGGAUGUUGGAUUUGAGUGAUUCCACUCAAGGGGCAAAUCUAGUUAAUGUGAUAUCAGGGUUGUACCAGCUAGAAGAACUAUACCUAAAGCUAGGAGGAGAUUUGCCAGAUGAUUUCGUCUUUCAAGGAUUCGUGAGGUUUAAUAUAUGGAUAAAUUACAUGACAAGCUCAUAUUGUACUGGGACUGCUGCUGAAUUGUAUGAAAAUACGCCACAUACGUUAUGUCUGGGUGACUUAUCAGCUGAAAGACUCAAAACCCUAUGUUCUCGGUUGUGGAAGAAUACGGAAUUGCUUUGUCUGGAGAGAUGCAAUGAUUUGAAAAGCAUGAAAGAAUUAUAUGAAGGGGGCUUUGGCAAGUUGAAGCAUCUGUGUUUGCAGAAGUGCGAGAGUUUGAGAAGUAUCUUUUCAUUGGCCGAAGCUCAAAGUCUUCCACAACUGGAAGAACUCUUCAUCGAUGGCUGUAAUAACUUAGAGGAAAUCGUCGCCGAAGAUCAAGUGGUACUGCAGGAUGAUCAACCACAACUAAAAGGCCUCAGAACACUGACAAUAGUACAUUGCCCAAGUGUGAGAUGUCUUUUCUCUGUUGUCCUGGCCAAAAAUCUUCCAAGGCUGGAAAAUCUCUACAUCUGGAACUGCGAUAACAUGGAAUAUAUCGUCACAAAGAAGAAUGGUGAAGAAACUAUGGGCAAUAUCAUAUUUCCCCAACUCAGGAUUCUACAUCUCUCAGUAUUGUGGUGCCUCGAAAGCUUUUGCGGUAGUGGUACUUCUGCUGUAUGUCCCCUGCUGGAAGAAGUAAUUGUGGCYUUCUGCCCAAAUUUGCAGAGUUUCCAACUGCAAGUUCAAAACCCUUCCAAAUUAAAGAAAAUAACCGUGUCUAGUAUGCAUCAUUUCAAGGGUUUAAAAGGUAUGUUCUCACCUCAGAUAUCCCAAUGCUUAGAAGAACUCAUAAUAAUGGAUUUCAAUAACCUAGAGGAGAUUCUUUUUGAUGAAAACCAAGCAGUAGUCCAAGAUGAUCAACCCCAAUUUUUAGCCCUCAAAACACUCACAGUAAUGAAUUGUAACUCUAGUGCGAGAUGUCCUAUUUCAUCUCUAUCAGCUCGAAGUUUGCCAAAACUGGAGUACAUUGAUUUAUCUCAUUCCCAUGGAUUGAGAAACGUCUUCUCUGCAUCCCUUACUGGGAAUGUUCCUCAAUUGAAGAAACUUGAUGUGAGAAAUUGCAAAUCCAUGCAAGAAAUAGUUGCAAAAGAGGAUGGCGAAGAAUGCGUUGAUAAGAUAACAUUUUUCCAGCUCACUCAUUUAAACCUUGCCGGGUUGCAAUGCCUCGUAAGUAUCUGUGGGUGUGGUGUUUUGUCUGAUUGGCCUUUGUUGGAAGAAGUAUCUGUACUCGAUUGUCCAAAUUUAAAGCAUCUUCCUUUUCGACAUCAAAAUGCUCCCAAGAUCAAUAAAAUUGAAAUUGUCAAUCGGCAGCAGACGCUCAAGGAAUUACAUGAGUCUUUCUCGGAAGAGGUCAAAGAGUUCGGAAAAGUAAUUCAUAUGUAUGGAAAAGACGAAUAUGAACAGUGGUUGAAACACAGAUAGGGUUCACCCAAAUGACAAUAAAGAUGUGUCCAUGAGGAUGACCAUGUGAGACUAAAUGACGAGGUAUUUGUGGUUAAGUUGAUUUUCUUUUCUUCUAAUUUCUUGGGGUCCAUUUGAUUAAGGGGAAUAAGGGUAUGGAAUCAUAAUGGUUUAUUCUGAUUUUAACUUUUUAGUUUGGUGGAAUCUAAAUUACAUUCUCAUUUUUUGUUGAAUGACAUUUUCCCAAUUGAGAAAAUAGUUAUUUCCUCUC